UACAGUUCUCACAGAGGUUUACAAUCUUCGAAGCCACCGUAAGAAAUACAACAGGAUGCUCUAGGUGUUUCACCUGGUACUUUUCCAGUUCUCCUUCCUUUACGAGGUAAUUAGGAAUUGCUUCAAAAGAACUCCUCUCUCCUCUACGGAGUGGAACCUUCCAGACCAAGAGCUCAAAGCACCUUAGCCCGGCAGUCCCGGGAGAACCCCCAGAGCAGGAGCGCAGGGGUGCGCAGCACUCUGCAGAACUGUCCGAGCUCCCCGGAGCUCCUCCCGCCCUCGGCGGACCGUCAGCCACUCGCGCGGACCAGUCCUCCUCCGCGUAGCGCACCCGGACCGCAGAAAGGUGUUAGGCGAAAGCGAGGUGGCGAGCCGAAACGGGGCGACCGGCACUGCCACAUGGCUGGCGCGCUUGCCGCGUAGACGCGUGCCCGGACGCGCCCGGGAAGGGCACAAAGGCGGGCCGCGCGACACAAGGUGCAGAGGACGGGAGGCGUGCGCCCACCGCCGGGCUCUCACCAGGGCGCGGACAGAGCCGCUUCCCGGCCUCUUCCGCCCCGGAGCCCCCGUCCGCAAGGGCCUUCUAGCCCCGCGCUGGGGCCCGGACGCCUUGACGCACGUCCGCCCCCGAGCGCGCCCUCCAUUUUGUCCCCAGUCUCCUUCGGGCGAGCGGGGCGGCGCUAUUUUAAAGCCGCUAAGUCAUGGAGCGAAAAGGGGAGGCGGCGGGGCGGGCGCGGGACCUUGAAGUGCAAGGGACAGGCGCUCGGGGCUACACAACUGCCGGCGCUGGGGAGCCGCCGGGGGUACCCACGGCUCGGCCUGGGGCCGGAAGGACAAAGGACACGCAGGGGACGCGGGCCGCGAGCGAGCGCAGGGCAACUUCCGGGCCGGUGGGCCAGGGCUGGGGGCGGGCUGGGCCGCCGACCCCGCCGCAGGGCCCGCGCGCAGGACAAAGCGGCGGUGGCGCGCCCGCUCCCCCUCUGCCGCGGCCCCGGUCCGGCCCCGCCCCGCGCGCGCGCCCGGCGUCGAGGCACGCGGGCGCGAGCCCGCGGCCGACGGGUAGAAAUGGCGGUUGGGGCGGAAGGAGGGGGCUGGGGCGGGAAGCAGCACAGGCUCGAGGCUCCAGGGCGCAGUUUCGCCCCCGCCCCGCCGAGGAUCCUGGUGCAGGGGUGUUUCACGCGUUGUUCUCCUCUCUCGGCCCCGGCCUCCCGGGCUACGGAGGGCCCGCUAGGGAGAAGCCGUCACCCGUUAGUUUGAACAAAGGAGAUGGCCCCACAGGCCAGGAGCCUGCCCGACGCUGCCACUGCAGAGACGCAGUAACGUUCCCUAAAAUGGCGGCCGGAGCGCGGGGGCGGGGCUGGCGGGACUUCCGCUCGCGGCGCGGGCGGGGCGGGGCCGCAGGCACCCACCGGAGCCCAUGGCCGCCGCGUCAGACCCCGGCGAGCCCGCCAAAAGGAAGUGCGCGGACUUGUAAACCGCACCAUUCCACCUCUCUGCGUAAGACCCAGUCGCCACAGCCCGUGGCUCCCGGGAUAAAACCCGAGUUCCUUGGCCUGGACCGUAAAGCCUUUGACCAAGCCCUUGUCAGCCUGUGUCCGGCUCGUCUACUUUCCAGAGGCUUUGGAGACGGUGGGCCGCGAAGGGAGGGCGCGUUCUCCGGGAGGGGGGCGGGCGCUCCUGACUCCCCAGCGCAGACUGAAAUGCGACUGUUCCACCCCCCACCCAGCUCCCUGGCGCCUUACUUGGCUGCAUCAUUCCAGCAAGUCCCCGAUUUCUGUCGUCUGCUCCUUGAGCUCCUUAAGGGAACCCAAUUUACCACCUCAGUGCUGAACAGAUAAUAGAUGUUCAGAAAAUAGGAAGAAAGCCGUUUUCCAGUGCCCUUUAAGCUCCUAGGAAUUUUAGAUGUUGAGAACAUUCCGUGUGCUCGGGACUCGGUAUUAUAUGGUUCAUUAGGAUCUGUUGUGGCUGGCCUUGGACAUUUUUUAUUAACUAGUUCCAUUGUAGGUACAACUGUGCAAAGCGAAGAAUCCAGGAAAGAAUUGCCAGAGAUGGAAU